AGCGACGGGAUGUGGGCAGAGAUGAUGGCAACGCAGGUGGCUCUGUCGACCCGACCCGGGCAUGGGCUUGAUGUUCAUCGCAAGCACAGUCAGUUGGUCAGACGUUGCAGCGCUGGCCAAAACCAAGAGCGAAACCCAAGGCCGAUGCCUCAGACUGGUACCAAGCACUAACCAUCGCGAUGAACAAUGUCCCAUAUAUCUGCCAGGCGCACGAGUUCCACGGACUCACGGACGAUCAGCGCGAGGUCAUCCUCAAGGUCGUUGCCAAAAACAAGCAGAUCCGAGAGAGGCUCGAGGGCGGCAGCGACCCAGACACAUACAACCCGUUCGGCUACGACGAAGAAGAGGAGACCGAGUUCAAGGUCACCCUCCACAACACCAAGGGCAGACUGAGCGAGACCUCCACCUUUAUCGGAGGUGCCUCCAAAGGCGACCCCCAGGCGUCUGCAGGAUCGGGUGCUUCCGGCCUGGCGGCCCUGAACGAUGGGCACAAGAAACAGCCAAAGGUGGUCGGAGGCACAAGCGGCAUCCUCAUGGCCCUCAAUAUGAGGGAUCCGAGCAUGUCCAAGUCCCUCGGUUCAAGAACGGGUCGAGGCUACCCGCAGUAUUAUACCACCGGCGCACGCUCAGAGUCAAUCCCCGAUAUGGACCCGGCCAUCAAGUACAGCCGUUUCGUGGACCGCCACAAGUCCAAGUCGGCUCGACACAUCAGCAAAUCCAAUAGCCAGGAGGAAAACAAAUCUCUGAACGAGAUGAAGAAAGUCACGGAGGACCUGGCGGCAUGGGUCUCAAAGACCAUCAACACGCCCGUCAACCUGUACCCGUCGCUCCGACAGCCGAGCUUUGUCGAGCCCCAGAUCAACAGCGAGGAGAUCAGCACGAGCGACUUUGACAUUCUGUUGAACGCAUGCAAGCCCUCGAUCCUGGAGACAAAGCCGCCGGUUCGACUGAACGUGGUCCACGAAGCCAACCCGCCAGACAGCCUAUUGCUGAGCCUCCGGGAGAACCUGGGUCUGAAGAUCGCACAGGCCAAGAAGAAAUACAACAAAGCCACCAAGAUCAUUCUGGACAGCACACCCGAAGCAAUCGAACGCAGUACCCCAAGCGUUCGGCAGCGCAGGCUGAAUUACGGCUCAUGGUAUCUACAGCCAAACCAGUGGAGCAAGUUUGCAAAAAUGGAAGCGGCCAAGAAGGAGUCCGAAAACGCCCCCAAGCAGCGAGCCUUCCGAGGCAUUGUGCAGGAAAAGCUCGACGAAAUCACUCGCCACCGAGCCCAGGAGGAGCAGAUGCUCAACCAACUCUUCCAGCAAAUGCAGCAGCAGCAACAGCGACAGCAGUCACAGGCUAUGCCAACUGUGUCGACGAGCUCUAGCGGCUCGGUGGGCCUUGGCAGCACCGAAGAGGUGCAGACGCCGGCGUCGGUGCUGUCUUCGCGACGCAGAUCCAUCCAGCCAAUGUCCGCCGAGACUGAGUUUCCAAACGACCCGGCUUGGGCGGCGAAGCGUGGGUCGGCGCUGCCGGCGAUCGGUGGACGGCGGAAAUCGGUUGUUCUCAUCUCGGACAUGGCCGAGGACGGCCAGGUUGCGGGCGAUGCAGCUGGGUCUCGGGGCGGGCGACAAAAGCAGCGCAAGCCGACGAUGCCGCUCUCGCAGCUGGCUCUCACCGAGGACGAGUGAUGUGGUUGAUGCGGUUGAUGCGGCUACAUGAUCUUGGCAGGCGGGCAGUGGCCGAACAAUGAUACCAAUGUCGAGGGCGAGUCUCCUCUGCCCAAAUGCGAAUGCGAGCACCGGCCUGUCCCAGCCGACGAGGGAGGGGGUUGCACGUCUGUCCCCUGGCGAAUCGCAAGUUC